UACAUCGAAGCUCCUUUAAAUAGACCGAAGAGUUAACCUCAUUUCUCCAUCUUCAUCUAAAACACAGCAGCUUCCGGUUACAAUUCAGUGAAUUGAAGAUGUCAGGACGUGGAAAGGGAGGAAAAGGAUUGGGAAAGGGAGGAGCAAAACGACACCGUAAGGUUCUCCGUGAUAACAUUCAAGGUAUCACUAAGCCUGCAAUUAGGCGUUUAGCUCGUAGAGGAGGAGUGAAGCGUAUCAGUGGACUAAUCUAUGAGGAGACUCGUGGAGUUUUGAAGAUCUUUUUGGAGAAUGUGAUUCGUGAUUCUGUUACUUACACUGAGCAUGCUAGGAGGAAGACCGUCACUGCUAUGGAUGUUGUUUAUGCACUUAAGAGGCAAGGAAGGACUCUCUAUGGAUUUGGUGGUUAAAAGAAUUUGGGUUGCUUUUACUGAUUUAGUGUUGUUUUUUUUCACUUGGUGUAAUUAUGUUUGUAGUUAUUGAAGUAAUAGAGUUGCUUAAUCAAUGACAUUGCACUAUCGUCUUGUAAUCGAUUUGUCUAAUUCUCUGUUUGAAUCCCUAUAUAUAUGUGUGUGUUUUGAAAGUAA